AUGCCUCCCCCUCGCGCAUCUAUUCCUCUCCUUCAUCCACGAUGUAAACCGAGUUGGGCUUCUCCCCUCCGAGUCCACAGUCGCACUCUUUCCACCCGCACAGUAUGCACACGACCACAGCCACUAAACACUACCUCUCAACUCUUCAGAAACCGAGCAUUCCUUCUCUAUUUCUCUUUAUCAUGUCGAAUGCACGCCCGUGAACCAAAUUACUAUGAGAUCCUCGAUCUCCAACCCACCGCAACAGCACCACAAAUCAAAAAACAAUAUUACGCCCUCUGUCUAAGACACCACCCAGAUCAUAACCGCGAAGACCCCGAAGCCAAUAAAAAAUUCCUGCGUCUUACAACAGCCUACAAUACCCUCCGCAACGCAAGCAAACGCGCAGCCUACGACCGUGAACACGGUUUCCACCACACCCUGACACAUUCCCACGGACAUCCAGUUGGAAGCCAUAGCAGUCAUACCGCAGCACAUCAAGGAAGCUAUGCAGGAUCCAGACCAGCUAGUGGGUUGAGUAAACGGCGCGGGACGUUCCAGGGUCCCCCGCCUAGCUUUUAUGCGCAGGGUGGGUAUGGGAAGACGGGACGAACGGGAUUUGAAGGGGCGUAUACUGGACCUUCAUCCGGGGAAUCAAAUACUGGAACAAGGAAGGAAGAUGAUCCAGAGGAUCCGAUGGGGUUUAUUUAUCGGAAUCCGUUAGGUCAUUUUAAUGCGCGGGCGCAUUUUCGGACGCAGAGUGCUGAGGAUAGAAGGCGGAGUGAGAGGAGGAGGGCUGCUAGAGAAGCGGCGAUGAAGGAAGAUGAUUUUUUGAGGACGCAUGGCGGUGGUCAUAUUGAUUUUACGAUGUUGUUUAGUAUUUUGGGCAUUUUGCUCGGAGUUUGUUGUAUAGGUGGGUUGGCGACUAACAUGCCGAGGGAUUCAACACCUUCUGGGGGUGUGGCGGGAGCUCUGGAUGCGGCUGAGGCGGCGAGGAGGAGGAAAGAGAAGGAGAGGACUCCUCCAAGUUGA